UAGAAAAUAAAGGUCAUAAUUCGAAAAAUAGAUUUUGAAGAAUUUUAUUUUUUACCUAAAAAAAUAAAAAGAUUAUAAACUCAUAACUUUAAAAAAGCUGGCUGCUUAAACUAACUUCUUCCUUUUUGAGUACGCACAUCAGUAAUCAUGGGGAAGCCUAUGGGUUUGCACACUGCUCGCAAGAUGAAAGAUCAUCGCAGGGAACAAAGAUGGCAUGAUAAAGAAUACAAGAAAGCUCACUUGGGUACUCGCUGGAAGGCCAAUCCCUUUCAAGGUUCUUCCCACGCUAAAGGCAUUGUUUUGGAAAAAGUAGGUGUAGAAGCUAAGCAGCCCAACUCUGCCAUCCGUAAAUGUGUCAGGGUUCAGCUAAUUAAGAAUGGCAAAAAGAUUACAGCUUUCGUUCCCAACGACGGUUGUCUAAAUUUUAUUGAAGAAAACGAUGAAGUUCUUGUUGCUGGUUUUGGUCGUAAAGGUCACGCCGUGGGUGAUAUUCCGGGUGUUCGUUUCAAGAUUGUCAAGGUGGCCAAUGUGUCUCUGCUAGCUUUAUUCAAGGGAAAGAAAGAACGUCCAAGAUCUUAAAUUGGAUAAAUAAACUGUCUUAAUAAAAUUG